AUGGAUGUGGAUGCUGCCGUUGUUAAGCGUAUUGCUCUAUGGGUUUACGAGACAUGUUCGGUGUUCAAUUUAUUCUACUGUAUUACUUUAUCACUGGCAAUAAAAACUUCUAAAAACAAUGCUCUACCAGCCACAUACAUCUAUAACAUGGCAAUUUCUAACGCACUUCUAGUCAUAUUCGGAAUAAUGGUCUACAUACUCCCCUAUUACAUGUCCGAUAAAACAUAUAAAACAUAUCGGGAUUCAAUAGGAGCUAUGAUUUCGGUGGGUGUAACGUUCAAUUAUCUUCAUCCAAUGCUCACACUUAUUCUGAUGACUAUUAAUCGAAUAGCAGUAGUUGUGAGUAUGCAGGCAUCUCAGCUUUUCACUUCUAGCAAAAUAUGGCUCUAUACUUCAUUUCAUAUGACUGCCAAUUUCGCAUGUCUUAUUAUUCCCUAUCUGAGUGAGUGUCGGAUAAAUUAUGAUAUACGAAAAGUUGGAUUCAUAUCUGAAUGUGCACCAGACAGGCAUCAGAUCACAACGUUCUCCAAUUAUUACUCUGUAUUCUUUCCGUUCGUAGCAUUCUUUUUCAAUGUGCUAGUUAUUAUAAACUUCAAACUUCAAAGAUCACCAACAUAUACAAAGAUCAAAAAUAUGUUCCGACGUGGGAAUGGAGAUCAGUUUACAUCAAUGCCUUCGGAUGUUUUAAAAGCGAAAAAGAAGACUGAACGAAUGCUUAUGAUUCAAGCUUUUAUCACUGCUUUCUAUCUUUCUGUAUAUGAGCUAACAAGUCUUGUUCUACGAGUUGUUCCGGAACUCUUUGGAAAUCUUUCGCUUGACGGAAAGCUCGCAUUCACUUAUUUUCGACUAGCUCAGGUGCCAUGCCAUGUAUUUCUAGUAUACUUCAUUUUUACCCCUGUUACCAGAAAAAUCUAUAUGGAUUUUGUUCGAGAAAGAGUUUUCUGUAUGAAACCAGCGAAAAAGAAGACAAUCAAGGUAUCUGCGACAACUACUUCCACUAAGAAAUGAGUUUCGAAUAAAAUUGUUUACCUCU